AUGGCUAACGGAAAGCCCACCAUUCUCCUCAUUCCCGGUUCUUGUAACCAAGGCAUCAUCUAUGAGCCUGUUGCAGCGAUACUUCGGUCUCAAGGAUAUCCUGUCGAGCCUAUCACCCUCCCUUCUCAGGGUGGACCAUCAUCAAGCACCAUGUAUGAUGUUUCGGAGUACAUCCGACAGAACUACCUAAAGAGCCUUGUCGCCCAAGGCAAAGAGGUUGUCAUUGUCAUGCAUUCAUACAGUGGAUUACCCGGCACAGAGUGUAUCAAGGGCUUCGCCCGCAAAGACUGCUUGGCACAAGACCUUAAUGGUGGUAUCGUUGCUCUGCUCUACAUAUCAAGUUUGGUGGUGCUGGCGGGGAACAGCAUCGUCGAUUUGAAUCCAAUGUUGGAGUCCCAGGCGACUAUCGAUGGCAAUGAGCUGUGGCCCAAGAACGCUAGAGAUAUGUUUUUCAAUGACCUUGACGAUGACGCAGCUGAGAAGUAUCUCGCUAAGAUCGUCUACCAAGCUGUUCCCAGUUUUCAAACUCCUCUUACAUAUGAAGGGUAUCGUAGUGUGCCUACCAGCUACCUUGUAUGUACGAAAGAUGCCACAGUCCUCCCCGUGCACCAGCUGGCUCAAACUGCCAUGCUCGGGGAGGGUGGCAUUCGUACUUAUUCUGUCGAUGCGGGGCACUUCCCCAUGCUGAGCAAGCCGCAGGCUGUGGCAGAUGUUAUUCAUGAUGUUGCAUCACGAGAAGGCACCGCGUAG